UUCUACUUUCAGUGAUACAAAAAAUUCUGUAUUUUAAACAAAUAUAUAAAAAAAAAACGAUGCUCCCAAUAUCAAAGUAAAAGGAUGAUCGUCAAGCAGUGAAUGGUUUAUUAAGAAGACAGGACUUUGGAAGCGUUAUCUGCCCAGCUGUAUAGCAGUACAAGUAUGCAUCACGGAUGUUCAACUGAGAAACAUGAGCUAGCAAUCAUGGAACUGUAGCUAAAACUUGCAAUUUCAGAUUUUCUUUCCGAAGACCACUAGAAAAAUUUGUCAUGGAUCGGUUGGAUGUAAUAGGGGAAAAUGAAGCCUUACAACAAUUCUUUGAAGGACAGGAUAUGCACAAAGCACUGGAGAACCCCAUGGUGGAUACAAGCAUGUUAGAAGAGUAUAUCAGCAGUGACUUUGCAUUUGGAGCCUUACAGCGUGAGUUACCCGACUCUCCACCUGAUUCUGGAUCAGAACCGUGCUCCCCGCCACAAAUAAAUGGAUCCUGCCGUUAUAUUGAGAGAUCUGUCGAUAACGUAUCUGGGGCUCAUCCCUUCAUUGCCUCCCAGGAGAGCUGCAUGAAAAUCAAUAGCCCCGGAAUAUCAUGGCAAAGUUCUACUCCACCAAGCUGCAUGAACUAUAGUUACCCAUACUCUCAGCAAAGGCCAUCAGAGAAUUCCAGUGUGUCGUAUUCACCAACAAAGAAAAGGAAACAUUCUCAUUUAGACGAAAGAGAGAAUUUGCAGACAUGGAAUAUGAAUAUAAGACAAACACCUUCAGCAAAUUGUAUGGUUGACGCAAACGGAUAUGAAAGUGAUGAGCAAACUAUAUCUUCAUCAGACAAAUGCUACCAAUCGUUAACCUGGAAACCAUAUCAAAUGACUCACUGGGGCGUCUUAUGCAAUGCCAAUUCUGAGACACUGCCGGUGAUUGGAUACCAGGUCAUCACAGAUAAAGGAUUUAAUUUCUCAACAGUAGACGAAGCCUAUGUGUGUCAGAAGAAGAAUCACUUUCAAGUCACCGUUCACAUCCGAGUACUUGGCAGUCCAAAAUAUAUCAAGGGCCAACUAGGCCUGAGUCCCAUUGAAAGUUUUCACCUGAAAGUCUUCGGUGUCAAAGUGGAAGCUGCAAAUCAGACCAUAACUAUUGAGCAGUCACAGUCCGAUCGCAGUAAGCGUCCUUUCAAUCCUGUCGUGGUCAAUCUUCCACCAGAUCAAGUCACCAAAGUUACAUUAGGAAGGUUACAUUUCAGUGAAACUACGGCUAACAACAUGAGAAAAAAAGGGAAACCAAACCCAGACCAAAGGUAUUUUAUACUGGUAGUUGGUCUCUAUGCUCUCUGUCAAGAGCAGACAUACCUCGUUGUGUCUCAAGCUUCUGAAAGAAUCAUUGUGAGGGCAUCCAACCCUGGGCAGUUUUUAAAUGAUAAUGAUGUCCUGUGGCAACGUGGUCACAUCCCAGAAACAGUUGUCUCUCAUGGUCGGAUAGGAAUUAACACUGACACUCCGGAUGAAGCCCUGGUUGUUUGCGGUAAUGUGAAAGUAAUGGGGACGGUCAUGCAUCCAUCUGACAUUCGAGCAAAGACAAAUAUCCAAGAGGUUGACCCGAUGGACCAGCUCAGAAGGAUAGCACAGAUGAGGCUUGUCGAAUAUGACUAUAAACCUGAAUUUGCAAGUGCAAUGGGAAUAGAUUCUAUGCAUGAAACAGGCAUAAUUGCUCAGGAGGUACGAAAUGUCUUUCCUCAAGCUGUUAAGGAAGCUGGCAAUGUUACAUGUGAUAAUGGCACAACAAUAGAAAACCUUUUAAUGGUUGAUAAGGAUAAAAUUUUCAUGGAGAAUGUUGGGGCUGUGAAGCAGCUUUGCAAACUCACAAACAACCUUGAGACGAGAAUCGAGGAGCUUGAAGUGUGGAAUCAAAAGCUUGACAAGAUGAAAAGGAUGAAUAGCUUAAAAACGGUCCAGAAUGAAAAGUCUCCCUCAAGGGCAUAUAGCAAAAUAAACAAUACUCCACAGAAAAGAAGAACAAGCCCAGUCAAAGUUAAACAGGUGGAAUCCAAGCAGCAGCAAUGCCCAAAAAAGAUAUUUCAGAUUACAGUAUUUGCUCUGAUCUCUGUUAUGAUGCUUUGUGCCUUGACCAUAGCUACACUAUACACGGUCUAUGUGCAAGAGGAAGCCGUAGAAAGGGAACCUCCAAUACUGAAUUACACAAGCAUUACCAGCACAGCGACGUCUACUCUUUAUACAACCAUGAUGGUAAGGGAGACUACACUUACAACACAUGUAAGACCUACCCAAGGAUUGUUAGAGAUGAAUUUCUGUGGAAUCCUACCCUGUCACGAAGUACAGUGUUGUCAAAUUCAAAGAAAACUGAGAACGGAGAAUGAUGAUGAACCGAACACAAAUGUAAAAAGAGAUUUAACCAGUCUUUUUCCCAUGAACAAAAGACUUGAUGACCCGGCAUUUGCACGUGACUGGAUUGAUACAUCGAUCAGUUCAGUACAGAUUCUGGAAAAUCAGCAAAUAAUAGACCACCACUAUUGCAGUAAAAGCCUUCAUUGCAGAUCCGGAAAGUACAGUUAUGUGAUCCCUGUGAAUAAGUAUACACCGACCAACAUGAGGAUAUCUUUAGAGAUAAACACAACAGAGCCUUUAAUUGUUUAUCGAUGUAAGAUGACUCUUGGAAAUAUUUGCAAUCGGGGUACACUCAAAAGGAAGAAAAGGGAGGAUUUUUCAGAGACAACACAGGGAUUUCACCAUGUUUGGAUUCUCCCUGUUGCCCAGAUGUACGACAGCGAGUAUCAUCUCCGUGUUGCUACACCAGACCUUGCGAAUUGCUCAACAGACCCAAACUUUGCUGGGAUCCUCUUCACCGAUUACCAUUUUUACUUCUAUCGGAAGUGCACUUAGGACACUUCAGAAUGUCCUUGGGAGCAAUGCA